AUGACGCUUGGCUCAGGAGGAUCGAGUGUUGUGGUCCCUAGGAAUUUCAGAUUGCUGGAAGAGCUUGAACGUGGGGAGAAGGGUAUUGGAGAUGGCACUGUAAGCUAUGGAAUGGAUGAUGGAGAUGACAUUUACAUGCGCUCUUGGACUGGCACGAUAAUUGGUCCUCACAAUACUGUACAUGAAGGCCGGAUUUAUCAAUUGAAGCUUUUCUGCGACAAAGAUUACCCUGAGAAGCCACCUAGUGUUCGUUUCCAUUCACGAGUCAACAUGACUUGCGUAAAUCAUGAAACCGGAGCGGUGGAAUCGAAGAAGUUUGGACCGCUUGGGAAUUGGCAGAGAGAGUACACGAUGGAAGAUAUACUGACACAGCUGAAGAAGGAGAUGGCAGCCCCACACAACCGGAAGCUUGUACAACCUCCAGAGGGAACCUACUUCUAG